AUGCGCGGCUCGGUGGAGGCAGGGCCUCGGGCCACAGCGGCUCAGUGCGGGUGUGUCCAGCCGGCUCUGGAGACAGGGAAUCUGUUGACUGAGCCAAUUGGCUACUUAGAAUCAUGUUUUUCGGCCAAGAAUGGUACACCAAGACAGCCAUCCAUUUGCAGUCUUUCUCGGGCUUGUCUGAGGAUUAGAAAGAGCAUCUUCAAUAAUCCGGAACAUUCUUUGAUGGGCCUAGAGCAGUUCUCGCAUGUCUGGAUUCUGUUUGUUUUCCACAAAAAUGGUCAUUUGAGCUGUAAGGCAAAAGUGCAGCCUCCUCGGCUGAAUGGCGCAAAGACUGGAGUGUUCUCCACAAGGAGCCCUCACCGCCCCAAUGCCAUCGGACUCACCCUGGCCAAGCUGGACAGAGUAGAAGGCGGAGCCGUGUACCUCUCAGGGGUUGACAUGGUCCAUGGCACGCCCGUCCUGGACAUAAAGCCCUACAUCGCCGACUACGACUCUCCACAGAGUGUGAUGGUGCCUCCGGCAGAUGCGGAUUCUCAAGACGACAAACAUGAACCCACACUCGAGUCUGCUGACCAGCACCAGUGCCCAGGGAGCCUUGGUCCCCAGCCCGAGCUUGCCACCAAGGAGGGGCUGAAAUGCCCAGGCAAUAGAACUUCAGAAGAAUAUACCUCGGAGCAUGUCGACGCAGCAACAAGCGGAAACGUGCCCAAGCCUGGGGAGAGAGCAGCAACUGUGGGUUUAGGACCCAAAAGCUGUCCAAGGUCGAGGGGGCCAGAGGCGCACCCCGGUUCUGGCCCCCUGGAGGCAAGCCUUUCUGAGGAAGGGACAGGCAAGGGUCCAAGCAGAGGGCAAGAGGCAGCAGGCUCUCUGGGAAGCCAGGUGGACUCGCAGCCGGGACCUCCUCCCUCCCUUUCCAGGGCUGCGCCUGAAGCCCCCCACAGCGUGGUUCCCACCUGGGUGAGAGAGGCGCCGGUGACCACCUUAGAAGUUCGCUUCACGCCUCAUGCCGAGCUGGACCUCAGGCACCUCAGCUCAGAUGCUGGUCACCCUGCGUUUCAGUAUUUUCAGUCAGCGGAGGAAGCCCGGCGUGCCAUGGUGGCUGUGCUGUCGGCCGACCCCCGGUCUGUGUACCGUCGGAAGCUCUGCCAGGACCGCCUCUUCUACUUUACCGUGGACACCGCGCACGUCACCUGCUGGUUUGGCGAUGGCUUUGCGGAAGUCCUGAGGAUCCGGCAUGCUGCUGGGCCUGUUCACAAGCCUGACCCUGACCCUGCAGAGGCCCCGGGGUCGCUGGGGUCCUCUGGAGGCCCCGCUGCAGGGUCCCGGUGAUCGUGGGCCCACAGGGUGUUUGGAUGUCUGUGCAGGCUGGUCAUGCGUCUUCUCUGCAGCAGCGCUCGUCUCACUGGGCUGAUGUGGGCUGUGAAAGCGUUUCAGUUGAAAACGUGCUUUAAUAAACUUAACAGAGAGCCGUC